AUGCGUCUUACCUUGGCUGUUUUAUAUCGCCGCUUUUCGUCCCUGGCAAGGGUGAGUGAAGUCUACGCUCACUUCGAGUGCAUGUUGCAAAUGGGAGCACUCCUCGAUUCAUCAUCCAACCUCCCGAGUUGCUUGUCUCUUUACGUCUCUUAUUCACACACACACAUCGCCUCCUCGUCCAAGUUUCGUCAUCUCAUGAUAAUCACAUCCAUCCAAACGUGCUUCGCCAAAAUGCACAAGGAGCCUGAAUUUACCGGCUCUUUCGAGUGUUUCUUCACCCGGGAGACCCCCGCCAACGCCUUUGCCUUGCCGUGCCGUGCCGUGAUGAUGAUGCCAUGUCCUGUCGAAUUACCGCAGGGCCGGGUAUUCGUUGCCUCCCAAAACUCGUGUCCCCCCGUCCAGGUACCAGGUUUCUUCAAUUCCGACAGUUGCGCCGGCUCAGUCGACCUUGUCACGGGGCCACAGCUUUGCAAAAUCUGUGACUGGAAAGCAGAAGCAAGUAUGCAACCAACCAGCCCUAUCAGAUAUAAGCUUGCUGUUACGGGGUAG